UAGUGUAUUUGAGGAUUUGUGGCGUAUUUGCCAAUUGCCAAUUAUCCACUUGUGCGGACCUGGUUAGUUUUCCCUGAUUUGAGCCUUGGCUUGGAAUUGCCGAUUGUACUUGGAAGAUAUCUGCCAGUUAUCAUGCUAGUCUUGUAUGUAGGAUACCACCUGUUGCAUUGGUGAUGGAAUGUCUCAAUGGUAACGGAUUGUCUAAUGCUUCGAUAAUGACAGUCAGAAUUCUUGAGGAUUAUCACGAUUGUAGUGGACUGUUCUUGAAAGAAACAUUGGAACUUUUAUCUGAAGUUGUAAUUGUGAUAUCUGAGUUACGUUAUUUCAUGUUGACAUCUUUUCUUCGGAUGUGUAUGUAGUGCUGGAUUGUUCUGAAAAGAAUGUUCAGGAGUUUUCUAAUGACCAGUGUUGUUGGAGUGAUCUGAGGCUUUGUUGUGGUUUCUUCUUUUGCUUGAAUGAUAUCGGCUGAGCCACAUAGGUACAGUGAAUGAUGUACCUACAUUGUUCCAAGGCAGUGUCAUGAUGCACUUCAGGAUUUGUUUUCUGGACAUUCAUCAAUGGACAUAACUCUCUGCAUGGUGUGAGAGCAAAUGUAUAUCCAUAAAAGGACAAUCAGAACUUUAAUGAAUUGACUAUCACUCGGAUACUCUGCACACAACUAAAGGUCAAUCAAAUAACACUUACUCAUAUUUGGAAGGCAAUGUUUUGAUUAUUUGGACAUGCUCUGUAAUACAAAUCUAAAUCAGCAACGACAAAAAAAAUGGAUAGCUGUAUUUAGUGUUAAAAGUAGACAAAAUGUGUUAUAGUUUAUUGAACUAAUGCCAUCCUCGUCUAUGCAGUUAAGGGAAGUUCUGGACCAUUUCACCCUUUCUUAUAAGGAAGUAAUGUCAUCUGCUUGUGUGAGUUGUUUACAGUUCAAGGGAGCUCAUUGUUGUGGAAAUGGACUCUUAUCUUUAGAGGCAUCGUAUGACAAAACAAGAAAAGCAGUCUUAUAAAACCUUUAGAAAUUCAAGGAACUGAAAACUAUACAUUUUCAAUACUUAUAACUGAAAAAUCAGUAAUUUAUUAGACAGUAUUAUUGGUCAUUGACAGUCAUACAAACUUGUGUUUAGGAUAUAAACCUAUAACAGGUCAUUACCUUGAUUUAUCAUCGGUACCUAGGAAGUAGUGCAUGACUGUGCGAUAUGGUUGCUUAUUGAUCUGUUAUGUUUGACAUUUUCUGCACAGCUCUUCAGGAACACUAGUAAAGGAUAAAAGCCCUAGAUUGUGAUCAUUUUCUAUUCCCAGAUUUAAUCAUUUUAUGUAGGAUACUACAGCUAAGUCGUUCACCAAAUAUUGGACAGGGAACACCAAGAACUGGAGGAAAGGAAUUUGUUAUAAGUCUUGUUAUAAUACUUAAGAGUUUAUUGAGAAAGGUAUUCUCAAACGUUAUUCUGUCUUUGGAGCUGAAUAUCGGAACUCGGGACCAUCAUCAGGACACCUCAAGCUAUACUUUGCACUGUUUAUAUUUGCACUGGAUGGAUGGACCACGGAAUCUGAUGUUGGAUGAACUUGUGUUACAUUGAGUGACUUCUGUUUUGUUAGCUGUUUAUAAAUCGGAGUUAAAGUGGGUUUUCGUAAAGUAUAUUUCUAUGGUGGAAGUGGCCAUGUGACUGUGAUAGUAUCUCUUAAAAAUAAGAGGUUUUCAAGUUGCUUCUAGGAAGCUAGACUCAUUUAUACACACAUAUAUAAAGAUCAUAUGUGCCAAGACACUGACAUUUUGUGAUAGAACUUUCGGACUAUUCUAUUGAACAAUAAGUGGUAGGACCAUUGGACCAUAGGACGGUACUGUCUUACUUGAUGUGAUACUUCAUGUAUCUCUGAAGCUGGAACUUUUCACAAACUUGUCAAAGAAUAACCACAAAAAUGUUUCACCUGCCGCACUUCCACCGUCAUCACAAGGACAAACAUAAAGAUAACGGCAAUAAUGACAGCUCGGAGCACCUCCACGAGUCCCACUCGGCCCCUGAAAGCAUCACACAGCAAGAUAAGCAUGAGAAGCAUGAUAAGCAUGAUCACCCUCGACCGGCUCCAAGCCCAAGAACGGGCCACGUCCAGUUCAACUUAAACCAAUGCCAAGAUGAAAAAAGGGGUUUUACACCUUUGCAUGGACAUGGUAGCGAGGAGGACAUGAUCCCAAAUGGGAGCGGCGGCCCCUUCAAGCCUUGUCUGCGGACCAGCGCUGCAACACGCCCAUCCCGCCGGCGCCUCAGUCUCAGCAGACAGUCGUCGCUCGGUGGCGGGCCGCCGUCUGUUGAUAUGAUGAACUUUGCACGUCGGAGGGUCAGCAGUGCAUCGACAGGUUCGGCAAAAAGUGGUGGCUCAGAUCUGGGGUCAGAUGAUGCUUCGUAUACGGGGAGCUCGUCAGAUGAAGAUGAUGUAAACCCUAGAGAGAAGGAUCAGAAAAAUUCCAAGGGCUUCUCCGACUUCUGUGUAAAAAAUAUUGAGCAACAUGCAUACGGACGACGAGAGAUUGAAAUUGCUGAGCAAGAAAUGCCAGGCCUUAUGGCAUUGCGAAAACGAGCGCAGGGUGAUAAACCUUUACAGGGUGCGAAGAUUAUUGGUUGUACACACAUCACGGCUCAAACCGCUGUCUUGAUUGAGACGUUGGUGGCGCUCGGCACACAGGUCCGUUGGGCAGCGUGUAAUAUCUAUUCAACACAAAAUGAAGUUGCUGCAGCUUUGGGGGAGGCAAAUAUUCCAAUAUAUGCAUGGAAAGGUGAAUCGGAGGACGACUUCUGGUGGUGCAUAGACAGAUGUAUGAACUGCGAAUCAUGGCAGCCAAAUAUGAUCCUGGAUGAUGGUGGUGACGCCACCCAUCUUAUGCUCAAGAAAUACCCAGCCAUGUUUAGUCUGAUCAAGGGCAUUGUCGAAGAGAGUGUGACGGGCGUUCAUAGGUUGUACCAACUGUCCAAGGCAGGCAAGCUUACCGUCGCUGCAAUGAAUGUCAAUGAUUCUGUUACAAAGACAAAAUUUGACAAUUUGUACAGCUGUCGAGAAAGCAUAUUGGAUGCAUUAAAGCGGACAACAGAUGUGAUGUUUGGUGGCAAGCAGGUUGUAAUAUGUGGCUAUGGUGAGGUUGGGAAAGGCUGUGCUCAAGCGCUGAAGGGCCUAGGAUCAGUCGUCAUGGUCACAGAGAUUGAUCCUAUUUGUGCACUGCAGGCAUGCAUGGAUGGAAUAAAAGUUGUGAAAUUGAAUGAAGUUGUACGACAAGCUGAUAUCCUAAUCACGUGUACAGGGAACAAAAAUGUUGUGACACGUGAGCAUUUAGAUCGUCUGAAGAAUGGCUGUAUUGUGUGUAACAUGGGCCACUCAAAUACGGAGAUAGAUGUGAAUAGUCUACGCACGCCUGAUCUUACGUGGGAAAGAGUGCGCUCACAAGUUGACCAUAUCAUCUGGCCCGAUUCGAAGAGAAUAAUCCUCCUUGCUGAGGGCCGUCUUGUCAACCUCAGCUGCUCCAGCGUUCCUUCGUUCGUCGUGUCCAUCACGGCCGCUACUCAGGCACUCGCAUUGAUAGAAUUAUACAACGCCCCACCAGGCAGAUACAAACAAGAUGUCUACCUCCUUCCAAAGAAAAUGGACGAAUAUGUUGCAAGUCUCCAUCUGCCCACGUUUGAUGCACAUCUAACAGAACUAUCUGAUGAACAAGCCAAGUACUUAGGUUUAAAUAAAGCUGGCCCAUUCAAGCCAAAUUACUAUCGAUAUUGAGAGCGACACAACUUAGGAAAUCAAUAUUAUAUGAAAAUAUGCAACACUUUCCAUCUGAACUGCUACCAGGAGAGACGACAGUCGCAACAGUCAGUGACUCUCAAAAUAUCACACUUUGUCACCCACCAUAAGAGACAAAUUUCAAAUUACUGUAUAUUCUAGUACAAUGUAUAUGUUUGUGUACCAAUCAGCAGUGGUGGUUAAAAAUUUGAUGCUCUACGAUCGCCAUGUUACGAUAUCAAUUUGUUUUAUGGCGACGCUGUGAUGGCUGGUUUUGCCGCGCGGUGUAUGAUGCAUAUCACUGCGGCUCCUAAUGUCGUACUGAUGAAGCAUGAUUGCGUAUGCCUUACAAAACGUAAUAAAUUGCAUAUGCUGUUCAUUGUGGUCAAUGAGAUCAUCGCUGAUGUAGUUAGUAGCGAGGUGGUCUAGGUUUAUGACCAAAUUGCGAACUACACUACACUAGUUUGAGGUUUGUCUUUGCACAAGUUGUGAAGUUCAUUUCACCCUAUGUUUGCUAUUCAAUCAUGUACAGGUCCUUGUACUUAGUGUGUAGCAAACUUAAGGUGAAAAAGAGGUUGAAAAAGUAUUUAUUUUGAAGUUUUUGAGCGGAGAUGCUACAGUGGUGCCAUCUAAAGUAUGAAUAAGAUACUAAUUCCUUCGAUGAUUGUGAGUUAGUAGCUCUAGGUAUUGAAAUAACAAUAGACGCACCUUGCUGGUCACAGAUAUAUUUCGGUGCAUUUCUAACUCUUGUUAUUGCUUAUUGUCAAUAGGUAGCACCACAUCAUGCGAUUUCAGAAAGUAUUGUUAUCGUACACUGUAGAAUAUACUUUGUAUGAAGGUGUUGUCCCAGGCGGUGAGGGGCACGUUAGCGGGGGGAUGUUUGUAAAGGGGUGAGGUAGUAAUGAAAAAUUGUCAGUAUGUCCUAAGUGAUCACCCCCUACAGCUUUGUAUCCAGAAAUUGAAACUUAAAAAUGUGAAUAUUGACUUCGAACACGAAAAGGUUUGUGAGGUCAUUGCCUACAGGAGGUGAGGGCACCUGCGCAUUAUUAUCUUGGACAGUGUUACAAAAUUGGUUGAAAACCUAAAAAAAGUAAGCAAUUGAUUUCGACAUUGUAGAAUGUCCAAAUUCUAAAGUGACUAUUGCAUGAGAAAAAUUGAGAAAUGUCUUGUGUUAGGAAAGUUUUGGGUCAUUAUUAUUAUUUUAUAUUUGAAGAUGAAGGACGAGUGAAAAAUGCCAAAAAAUGCUCUGGUCAAAUUUAUCCUGACGGCUGUUCACGGUCGAACUCUGGUCUGUGGUAGAUUUGUAUGGCAUGAAUGUGUGUUAUUAAAGCAGUUCUCACUCUCCUGACUGACUAUAGUUCCCCUGAGUGAUUCAAAUUGAACGAGUGAUUGGCGGGGGGGGGGAGGGGGGAAGGGUUAUGAAGAAUUAAAUGUACAAUACUGGAUACAGCUGCUAAACUUUCAGUAAUAUGUUUUUUUCAAGCAAGUAAUGAGUACUACGAGUUUUAAGCAUUUGAGUUGCAGAAGGUUGUGAAAUAAUGUGAUAAAGUAACAAGAGAAUGUUGGCCAUAAUUCAGUACAUUUACCUCAGUUGCUUUUAGUUGGUUGAAAGUUCUAGAUCUCAGCAAUAACAGAACUAUCGGAAAAAUCUACCGAAGUAAACUCAUCAUUCUUAGACAUUGGGUUAUUGAUGACUUGAAUAACUUUGAUUACCAAACAUUUUUAAUAGCACAAAGAUCUACCCUACGAGUAGUUCCUGCAUCCUAAAAAUUGGUUCCAUCAAGUAUUUAUUAAUCCAUAUUUGGUUCCAUCUAAAGGCCAGUAUAUGAAUUUUAACCCUUUGGUGGCUAUCAUCCCCGAUUGAUGAAAUCUGACCUGUUAAAAAAGAUGUGGUCCAUUUUUGAAAUCGGGGCUGAUGUUCCAUUACCUCAUUUUCUCUGCAUAUAAUAGUAGUAAAGUUCAAUAAAAGGGGUUAAUUGGCAUAUGUUAGAGAUGGUUUUAAUUGUAGGUUUAACGAAAAAGACUUUGUGUGUUUCUCAGAUGAUUUAUAAAUAGGUCUCAAGCCAUGGGUAAGGUAUUAUGUAGGCAUUGCAUAUGUAAGUCAAACUUUGGGAUUUUAACUAUAUAUAUAGUUCAGCUCAGAUGCUUGUGUGCAGUAUAAAUCUAACAGAUGAAAAGCAUAUGUAACUAAUUUGUGAAGUUUGUACGGGUCAGAAAGGAAUAUUUGUGAUAAGAUGUGAGUGAUUCUACCAAGUCAUGAAUUCACUCUAAUGGUAAAAGAGUCUGGUAUUAGAUGGAGGGGGGCUAGGCUAUCCGAGAAAUUGCGACUUUUUAUGCAAAGGAUGACUGUUGUAGCUUUGGUCAUUGAAACUAUCAUUUUGGGUCAACUGCAAUUCACAAUGACAACAUCUAGUACUUACCUGGGUCAAGUGCAUUUCACAAUGACAAAAGCCAGUACUUACCUUUGUCAAAUCAGGACUCAACCUUCUCUAAAAGUAAUGAUGUUUCUUUUCAACUUGAAGUGAAUGAAGUUUUGCUUUCUUGUAUCUUAUGGAUAAUCUAUCACCAUCCAUUUAUAAAGUCAAUGACGAUGAAAUAUCGAAAUAAUCAAACACAUGGGCAUAUCCAGUGCGGGAUGGAAAAUCCCGACAGGCGAAUAGUUGUUCCAAAUCAAGCCUGCAUGUACGGUAAUAUUCUUUAAUCAGAAGCAGAACAAUUGAUAAAAAUGUCAUCCCUUUGAAAUUCCUAGCUAGGCCCAUGAAACAAAGUUUGAAUCUAUAUCCAUUGCAUCUAAACCAGUCGCCUAGAUUGAUAUUCCAAGGUCUCAUUGAAUGGCCGUCGGAAUGCAUGUGUAUGAUUUGUCAUCAUAAGUUUGUGUUUAUACUCUAGUGUUGAUGAGAUUCUCAUCCUCUUGACACUUUGAACCAGGAGGACAGUUGCUUAAAGAACCAACCCAAUAACUGAUUAAAGGGUCACCUGAAUAAGCAGAUCGUGAAUUCUUUCCAAAAUGAAAAAGGUUGAAUGUCUGCCUGAAAUAAAGCCUCCGAUUCAAAUUGUUAAGCGAGUUUGAUGAUAACGUGAAUACCAUAUUCACCCCACAUCAAGUGGGAUGGUUUUCACCUGUAACUGUUAUUGCCUCAUUCCAUCCUUACUUCUCAUUGUAAACUGUCAUAUGAGACAAUAAUGAAAUAAAAUGAAAUCAGUA